UUCCGCGCUCGAGGCGGCGGCGGCUCGAGCGGUUCGAAGAUGCAGGCGGUACGGACGGCCCCGAUCGUGGGGCAGCAGCUGCGGAGGUUGGGGGUCGGAAGCUCGUGGCCCCGUGCGCUCCUGGGGCAGACCCCGCUCGGCCUGGCCCGGCGACCCUAUGCCAGUGGGGCGACUCAGGCGGUUCUGGAGAAGUCAGAUCCCCUUUCCCCUGAGGCUUCGACCCAGGAGAAGCAGGCCAAGGCGGAAUCGAAGUCCUUUGCAGCCGGGAUGUUCCGGGGCCAGCUCACCACCGACCAGGUGUUCCCUUACCCCUCUGUGCUCAACGAGGAGCAGACACAGUUUCUCAAAGAGCUGGUGGGGCCUGUGUCCCGUUUCUUUGAGGAGGUCAACGAUCCUGCCAAGAACGACAUGAUGGAGAAGGUGGAGGAGACCACUAUGCAGGGUCUCAAGGAGCUGGGGGCCUUUGGUCUGCAAGUGCCCAGCGAACUGGGCGGCGUGGGCCUCUGUAACACCCAGUACGCCCGCUUAGUGGAGAUCGUGGGCACUCAUGACCUUGGCGUGGGCAUCACCCUGGGGGCUCAUCAGAGCAUCGGAUUCAAAGGCAUCCUGCUCUUUGGCACAAAGGCUCAGAAAGAAAAGUACCUCCCCAAACUGGCAUCUGGGGAGACCAUAGCUGCUUUCUGUCUAACCGAGCCCUCCAGUGGGUCGGAUGCAGCCUCCAUCCGAAGUUCGGCUGUGCCCAGCCCCUGUGGAAAAUAUUACACCCUCAAUGGAAGCAAGAUUUGGAUCAGUAACGGGGGCCUGGCAGAUAUCUUCACGGUCUUUGCCAAGACACCAGUUACAGAUGCAGCCACGGGGGCCGUGAAAGAGAAGAUCACAGCUUUUGUGGUGGAAAGGAGCUUUGGAGGUGUUACCCACGGGCCCCCGGAGAAGAAGAUGGGCAUCAAGGCCUCGAACACGGCAGAGGUGUACUUUGAUGGAGUACGGGUGCCGGCAGAAAACGUGCUGGGCGAGGUAGGGGGUGGCUUCAAGGUCGCCAUGCACAUUCUCAACAACGGAAGGUUCGGCAUGGCCGCGGCCCUUGCAGGCACCAUGAAGGGCAUCAUCGCUAAGGCGGUGAGUACCAUGCCUGGACAGAAGUCACACGGUCCCCCUUCCCAUGUGGCCCUGUCCCCUUGA